GCGCCAGCCAACCUGCGCGCAGGGAUUUGGGGGCAAAGCGCGGCCCCGCGAGCAGUUGCGGCGGGAGAGCGGCGGGCCGAGAGCGUGAGUCGCUCGCCCGGGGCUGCCUGCUGUCCCGCUGCCCUCCGAGCGCAGCCAUGUCCGAGGAGAAACCCAAGGAGGGAGUGAAGACGGAGAACGACCACAUCAACCUGAAGGUGGCUGGGCAGGACGGCUCCGUGGUCCAGUUUAAGAUCAAGAGACACACGCCGCUCAGCAAGCUGAUGAAGGCCUACUGCGAGCGCCAGGGCUUGUCAAUGAGACAGAUUCGAUUCAGGUUUGAUGGACAACCAAUUAAUGAAACAGACACCCCAGCACAGCUGGAGAUGGAAGACGAGGACACCAUCGACGUGUUCCAGCAGCAGACAGGGGGCUCCAGGGUGGCCAGCUGCCUUUCGGGGAGCGGCCUCUAGAGCCCCCAUCCCCUCGUGGCACCGUGCUGUGUUUGCUAUUGAACAGUGGACGUGUGGCCAAGCCCAUCAGCAGGGAGGCUCGGACACCGAGGACAUUCCCCAGAAGGACUUUGCUCUGAUGCACUUGAGUGCCACGGUGGUGAUGGUCCCCAGCCUCCCUAGGCCCACCACCUGGUACCUGUGUUUGGGUAAAAUGUGUGGUGAGGGACUUGGGCUUUGUUUUUACUUUUUCGUUUUUCCUCCCUCCUAUGACACUUUCUCCAAGCUUGUGGCCUGAAUGCCUGCUUUCUGUCUAGACGGGGCUCUCACUCCAGGUGUUGACCCCCCUCCUUCCAGUCAUGGAGAGAACUGUCACUACUCUGGGAGUGCUUCUGUGGGACGAAUUUUGGGGUCAUGGUUGGUAUGGGAGAUACACUUUCACUUACUGUUUCUUGCGGGCACAGGUUUUUUUAAUGCUAAAUAUUAGAAAUGUAAGCUUUGCCAGAAUAUAGUAAAGUUGAAGGGAAAAUACUGGAAUGUUUCUUAAAAGGUAAGACGUUCUUCAGUAACACGGCCCUGGGCGGGGUCUGGGGUCCCGGACCCAUUGCCACCAACUGCCGGUGACACUGCUUGGACACAACAAAAAUGGGCUUUUCCCCUUUUCUUAACAGAGAAGAAAGCAAGUCCCACACGUCUGCUGUGGUCACAGUGCCAGGGCCUCAGAUUUCCUCCAGUAUUUGCUUCUGAUGAGUAACAAUGGUCUGUAUGUAAACAAGGAAGAUAGAAUAUUGCUGAUUUUGCUGUUAUGUUUUUGUGUAAAAGAGCUGCUUCAAAGUGUGGCUACAAGUGAGAGAUGCCUCCGGGUUCUCCCCGAGGACCGUGCUCUGCUCCCCAAGUUGGUAUGGAGCUUACACGUUAUGUGUGAUUUCAGUUCUGUGCAUUUUGGGGUCUGUUUUGGUUAACCUCCGAUGGUUGUCCUGUUGCCCUUCCCUGCGGACUCACUCCUGUCUGACGGCCCCUGGCUGCCUAUUCAGGUCACCUGGGCAGGACAACCACCAUCAUCUCCUGCUCGCCUGAGACCUUGCUGGAGAAGUCUGCACUUCCUCUGUACCUUGCUGUUUGGGCACAGGCGGGGUGUCUGCGGCUCUUUUGUGUUUAUUCCCCAAUUUGUACAUUAUUUGUUGUCCUUUACUACUGUCAACAGUAAAUAUAGUUUGGUAUUCUGUC